AUGAACUCCUUCCGAACAGGAAUAUAUCUAGAAAUUAGAGGAUAUCCAUAAAAUUACUGCCGGCUUUUUAUUGAGCUUCCCCACAAAUGAGCAGUCUACCGGGCUACUGAUUCUGAAUCAGCAAUAUUUAUAACUGCAAGCAUAUUUGCUAGAUUUUUCAAGCGCAUCGUAAUUUGUUGAAUUGUCGUGUAUGCUAUAAUAUACUGUAGGCUGCAACCUGUGAUGAAUCGUGCUUGAGCCAAAAUAUGCCAAAUUUACGGAUCGAUUGUCAUUGCUGAAGGUCACCGAGCGCUUUUUGUGAACUCAGGUAAGCUAGCUGUGUGGGAAGGAGAGAUAAAUACAAAUGCGCGACCUAGGGGACUCUCCUUGAAGUUUGUGAGGAUGAGAAGAGAUGAGCGGAUGAGAGGAAGAGUAGAAGGAGACUGGCGGGAGAAGGCGGAACAAACCGGUGCCCGGAUACACGCUAUAACCGCUCUCCCGCACUGCAGAUUAACUCUUGACUCGCCGAGGAUGCUCAGUAUUGAUGGAAUGUGAGGUGAAGUGGACAAAGGAAACUCAACACAAACUUACACGUGAUUUUAUGUCAUUCCACAUGGAUUAAGAACAGCACUGAACAUGCAUCACGGACAGUAUAUUUGACCAAUACAAUGGUUCUACUGUGACUGUCCGUAUAAUAAUAUACAGCCCUCACAUAACAUAACCCUUUAGAUUGUGAUGGACAAGAGCCAAUAAGGUGGCAGUUUUGAGGUUAAACUGGUUAACAGUUCAGCCAGGUGUAUCGUGGAUUUAGCUGUGGGUGGGUUCCAGUUUCCGGAUGCAGAACCUCUUUGAGCAGAACUUAGACAUGGCCACCGCUCUGCUUGCUGGGGAAAAGCUGAAGGAGUUGAUUCUGCCGGGUUCUACGCAGGAUGAGAAGGGUGGUGCACUAGCUGGACUCAUGGUGCAGCUCAAACUGGAACUGCCCUUUGACCGAGUUGUCACCAUAGGAACGGUCAUCAUCCCCAUCUUAUUAGUUACUCUCGUCUUUACACGGAACUUUGCAGAGGAGUCAAUAUACUGUUACACACCACACAAUUUCACACGUGACCAGGCCCUCUAUGCUAGAGGCUACUGCUGGACAGAGCUGCGUGAUGCUAUUCCUGGCAUCGAUCCUGAGCUCAGACCCUCUCUGUUUGAGCAUAAGUUUCUGCCCUAUGCUCUGCUAGCAUUUGCUGGCAUCAUGUAUAUUCCAGCACUAGGCUGGGAGUUCCUUGCAUCCACACGCCUUACCUCUGAACUCAACUUUCUCCUACAAGAGAUUGACAACUGCUACCACCGUGCUGCUGAGGGCAGAGCACCCAAAAUUGAGAAACAGAUCCAGUCCAAAGGGCCUGGGAUCAGUGAACGUGAGCGGCGAGAAAUCAUUGAGAAUGCUGAGAAGGAGAAAAGCCCAGAGCAGAACCUUUUUGAAAAAUACCUAGAGCGGCGAGGUCAAAGUAAUUUUUUAGCCAAACUUUAUCUAGCCAGACAUUUAGCCAUCAUCUGUCUCAGUUCCAUUCCCAUCACCUACCUAAGUGCAUACUAUGCUCGGCAACGACAAAAUGAGUUCACAUGCAUGCUGGGUGAGCCACCUGACAUCAGCAGCAUCCCUGAGCUGCGCCUUAGUGUGAACUGCAAGCUGUCUGCUGUGCAGCUCCAGCGCAUCAUGGCUGCUGUAGACAUUGCACUACUCUGCACCAUGAACUUCAUAAUUUUAAUUAAUCUACUGCAUCUGUUUGUGGUGCGCAAAUCCAACUUUGUAUUCGACAAGUUGCACAAAGUCGGCAUUAAGACACGGCGCCGUUGGCAGAAGUCUCAGUUUUGCGAUAUUAACAUCCUGGCCAUGUUCUGUAAUGAAAACAGGGACCACAUCAAGUCUCUGAACAGGCUGGACUUCAUCACCAAUGAGAGUGACCUGAUGUAUGACAAUGUGGUGCGACAGUUAUUGGCUGCAUUAGCGCAGUCCAACCAUGAUGCCACACCGACCGUUAGAGACUCUGGAAUACAGACAGUUGACCCCAACAUGGAUCCAUCUGUUCUGGGGGUUGGAGAAAUGGGAGUAGAGACAGUUAUCAAAAGACCACGGAAAAAGAUGAAGUGGAUCCCUUCAUCUAACCCUCUGCCACAGCCAUUUAAAGAACCUCUAACUCUGACCCGGUUGGAGAACAGCAUGAAAGCAGAAAAACCUAAACCUAUGCGAAGGAAAACAGUAGCUGACACCAUCAUUGCUCCUCUACUGGAUACCAAGAGCACACAGCAUCCUCCUAGAGAAACUAACAGUGGAACAGAGAAAAAGCACACUCGUAAUUUCUCCCUGGAUGUCCAUCCAUACAUGUCAACCAUCCACAAGUCUAAAACAGAAAUGAAUAAUCCACAACCCCCAGCUGCUGACCAUCCUCUGGACACUACAUACAUAGAGGGCACACACACUGUAGUCCAUGUCUCCUCAACACUUACUGAAAAGCCUGACCCUCCUCCUCAAUCCACCACCAGUGCAUUUUCCACCGUGACCCUAACCACCACCUCUUACAUGAAUGGAGGAACCUCUAAUCUGCCUCCUUCUGAAUCACCCAAAACCAAUGAACCUCUCAAAGCAAACCCAGAACCUGUGAGUCAGUCUGCAGCAUACAGCUGUAACCCCUCACAUCCUCUGCUCAGCAUCCACCACACUCUCUAUGAGGAGGAGGAAGAGCAAGGCCACAGGGACAAGUUAGUGGAAAGACCUGGUGAGCUCAUCGCAGCCGGAGAGUGCUGAAGAUGCACACAAUAAGACAAGCAUAUAUUCACACCUCUCAUUGUUUUACCUCAGCAUCAAGACAUCAAAGGGUAAAAUUGUUUCUAACCACCUCACAUGGAACAGCAACCACACUGUAUCACCCACCUACUGUGCUUUAGGUGGAAAUGGUGAGGUCAGAGAUUUGUACUGUCCACCAGAAAUGAAUUGCACAAACAAUUGUUUAGACAAAAUCUUUCACACAAGUAGACAACCAGUUACUGUAAAAUGAAACAUAUCAAUCAAAAGGUCAUUUCCCUGACUAAGUACAAACACUGGUGCUCACUUGAACGGAAUGUUUCCCUCUGACAUUCCAAGGUCAUAUCAAUUAACAUUAAUCUAAGAAUCAUGUUGUGUUUUAGACACCUCUGUGUACGUCUUACAUUCAACAUAACUUUACAUGAUUUUGUCCUAUUGAUAUAUUGUUCUGUGGAUUUCAGCAGGUAUCCAAUGCAAUAUAGCAUAUUUAAUCCUUAAAUUAUGCAAAUGUACACAAUCCUUGUUGCAAUAAUAUGCAUAUUUAGAAUCUCCAUACUGUAUAUACAAAACAUAUAGAUAUGUCGCAUUAUUUAAAUCAUGCCAUUCUUCAACCAGAGGUUGACUGAUGUUUGUCAUAGUGAGGUUCAUAAAUUCAGAUCUAAAUUGUGAGCAUUCUUUGUAUAAUUAAUUGAAUUUGUUUUGGG